AUGAGUCACGACGCUAUAUUGGGUAUGGAUUCGCUACAAAAAGUAGAAGUGCGGUUUACAGAAGACGGCAUUCAGAUCAACAAGAAGAUUGCUAACCCCAAAGACGAGGAAGAAGAACAAAUAACGCCAAUAAUGAUGGUGAACGACGAGAGUGAACUGAAUGUACCGCCACAGCGGGAAUCAGAGAUUCGAGAAAUCAUUGAUGAAUUCAAUGAAAAUCAUAAGACGCUUGAGGAAUGCCCGGUAACAUUAGAAAUUAUACCGGAUGAGAAGAUGGUACCAUUCCGGCAAUCGCCAUCGCGGUUGGCAACAUGUGAAUUCAUCAUUGGACCAAACGAGAUCGACGCGUUCGAACAAUUGAAGAUGAUGCUGGUGCGCGAACCAGUUCUGAAGAUGUACAACAGGGACGCGCAGACGGAAGUGCACACUGACGCUUCGAAAGACGGAUUUGGAGCCACCUUACUACAAUGGGCAGAGGGGAAGCUGCACCCAGUGUUCUAUUGGAGUAAGAAAACGACGGAAGCGGAAGAGCGGCUGCACAGCUACAUAUUGGAGGCGAAAGCGUCACCAAAAACAUUAUAUGUUUCCCGUUGCUUGGCCGACGUUUUUUAUCAAACUGUCAUUGUCUUACCUGUCGUUUUUAUCAUCGCCAUCUCGCGCCACACAGAUGGACAGUCCACCGUCAACGUGCAGCUGGUGGUGAAGAAGUACGUCGAGCGGGGCAGCGCCGUGGCGUUGUACUGCGAAAAUGAUGUCUUGCCCGACAUCCUUUACAAGGUAACGUUCCUGAAAGAGGAGAGCAAGAUCUUCGAGUACAUCAAGGGGCGAAGUCCACCGUACCGGAACUACAGCAUACCGGGCGCAGAAAUUGACUGGAAAAAGGUGACUCCGUCGACGCUGACCCUCAAGAACGUGGACUACGAUGCGUCCGGUUCGUACUACUGCGAGGUCUCGACCGACACCCCCAUCUUUACCAAGGCGUCCAACGACGAAAUGCUGCACGUAAUGCUGCCACAGAAAGGGCCACCGACGAUCGAGUUCGCGAAGAAGCAGCUCUAUUAUGGCGACACCCUCAUCGCUAAUUGCACCACGUCGCGAGCUCGACCGCAGCCACACAUAACCUGGCUAAUUAACGGCAAACAGGUGGAGGAUGUCCAUAUCCGGCCGUUACACCACACGUCGAAGAAUAGCCACCGCUCGAAGCUCAGCCAACCGUCGUCCGCCGUGCUACACCACGGGAAGCUCGUCGGCUCCGGUGGCAGCCCGUCCGUCAGCGGCAGCCUGAAGGAGCUCAAACAGCGAACCAAAGCCGUAGAGAAUGAGCUGCUGCCGAAAUCGACGAGCUCAAUGGGGCUGGGCGGUGGCAACGGGGGUGGAAGCUACACUGGCGGGGUGUUCGAGAUUCAGCCGAACGUGGGCUACAGCUACGACGGUGGCUACAACUACGGCAUCAAGAUGCACCAUCCGGGCCGGGAGCGCAGCGGCGGCAGCACGAUCGGCCUAAUCAACGGGGCGUUCGGUGGCCCAGCGUACGGAAGCUUGGGGGGGAUGGCGGGUCUCGGGGCACUCGGUAGCGGGCCCGUGCUCGGCGGGGUCGGGGGCAGUCCUGAUAUUCUCGUGGAGGAGCACGACAAGAAGACCUGGCAACGGAACGACUACUAUCACCAGUACUACGACAAUAAGCAGCAGCAGCAGCAGCAGCAACACUACGACAACGGCUACCGGAAGCACCGUAACUCUUACGAGCACAAGUACAGGCGGCACGUGAUCGACGGCGAAAACCGCAAGAGUCACCGGGUGUCGGCGAGCUACAGCCAGCUAUCGCUUCGCAUCACCGAGGCGCUGACGAACAACCUGGGCCGGAUAGAGAUCACCUGCCUGGCCACGAUUCCAGCCCAUGUCGAGCCAGGCGAGCAGUACGCCGACUACAAGACGUCCCUCAUCAAGCUGGAUAUCGAGCAGAACGAUCAAACAUCGCCGCAGCCAUCGAUGAGCGGAAUGGCUGCGUUCGGUAACUCGGGCGCCAUGCAGAACAGCUUCCACGCGAUCCCGGCCCGUAGCCGCUCAACGGUGGCGACUGUGGGAGCUCUCCUAACCCUUACCAUCGUACACCAUCGCAUCCAGCCACGAUGGAUGCCGUAA